UAACAUUGGGGUAGUAAGAACUUUUAUACAGCAUGAGCCAGAGACGUUACCUGCGGGAAAACGAUCAUCACGUCAGUGGGUUAAUAACAGGUCUUGUGUUUCAGCCUGAGGUGUCCAAGGCACUUUACAUGCAGGGGAGAAACACUUCACCUACCACUGAAAUGCAUCCACAUCUGGGGUGCAGCAUGGCAGCUGUUUAACAGUGCACAGUAAUGCUGCACAGUAGUAUAGGAUUGAAUGUGAGGAGGAAUCCUGUAUCCAGACAAACCUACAGGAGGGAUUUAAGGAGGCAGAUUAUAAUUACCUAACCUGGAGUUUGGCCAGGAUGCAAGUUAACGGAUUUUUUGACAAUGGUCCAGUAGCAGACACUGACUCUCGCAGCCACCUGUCCAGAGAUGGCAGUUUCCCCUGGAUCUGUGAUCGUCCCAGACUGGCACAAAUCCCCAGAGGGCAAAGAGUACCUGGCCACAAUCCUGCGGAAAAACAAGCGGAAAUUCUUCGGGCUGAUUGAAAGGCCAGUGCUCCCCCCGCAGAUGGCUGCCGACACUGCCAGCUAUAAGAUUUUUGUCUCUGGGAAAAGCGGCGUGGGUAAAACUGCAAUGGUGGCCAAGCUGGCUGGCCUGGAGGUGCCCAGUGCGCAUCAUGAAACAACAGGGAUCCAGACGACGACGGUAUAUUGGCCAGCCAAGCUGAGGGACAGUGGCAGGGCGCUCAUCUUCAGGUUCCACUUCUGGGACUGCGGAGAAGCAGCUCUAAAGAAAUUUGAUCACAUCCUACCUGCCUGCAAGGAGAAGGCAGAUGGCAUCCUCUUCCUUUUUUCUUUCACCGACCGCUCAUCCUUCGACGACCUCCCCAGCCAGAUCUCCCGCGUCACGGAGGGAUCUGAAAACCUCGUCAAAAUAGUGAUUGGCGCCAAGUUCGACCAGUUCAUGCACACCGACGUCACAGAGCGGGAACUGGCCGAGUUCCAGCGAGCCUGGCGCCUGCCCGUGCUGCGGAUGAAGAGCGUGAACGGGCCCCGGCUGGCCGACGGGCAGACGCUGGACGGCCGUGCUGGGCUGGCGCAUGUGGCACAUGUGCUGAACGGGCUGGCAGAGCACCUCUGGUACCAGGACCAAGUGAUGGCUGGCCUCAUCCCAGCACUGCAGCCUGGCACAGAGGAGACAUCCCUGUGCUGAAAAUCAACUCCCCUAAAAUUCCGAAUGCAGCCGGCAGGUGGAGCCAGAGGCCUUUCAAAGGCUGGUCUGCUGCAGCCAGGUAAGGACCAGCUCUGGCCUCCAGAUCUGGGAGCCCCCGGCCCCCACUGGCUCUCGCAUCACAGAGGUGCCCUGCUCGGCACUGCCAUCACGCAAACCUGCGGCCAACUUGAUCUGGGGACCUUUGUUUCUGGGAGCCCUGCCCUGAGACAGGACAGGCCCGAUUUCCAGAGGAGCUAAACACCCCCAGCUGAUACUGACAUGACUUGAGAUCAGAGCCCCGCAGCCCCCAGCCUCUCAUGGCGAGUACCCAAAACCACUGACCACUUCUGGCUUUAGCUUUGAUCUGAGCCAGUCCAGAAGAGCUCCAGCCUGCAUGCUCCUUCCUCCGUCCCUGUAGCUAACCAGGAUGGCAGCAGCAUCCCGGGCGACAGACCACAGGAGCCCCUUGAGGCUGGCACUAGAGGAAGCACUUUCUGAAGCGUUGUUUGGGGCUGGGGAGUUUUGCAGCUCUGGGGUAGGGCGUGCCCCAGCAUUGGAGUGCCAAGGCAACAAGAGAAGCUGGGUGGAUCAUAGCCCACUGUGUAUUUGGACGUGGCAUUGCUAAAUGUAUCAUUCGGCUGCACGCACUUUUGAAGCUCCCAUCACCUUAGUAUCUGGGCUGUCUCAGGGCUCAGAGGAGCUCGUCAAGGUUAUUAGACAUUGAUAGCGCCUGUCAUAGAAUCAUAGAAUCUCAGGGUUGGAAGGGACCUCAGGAGGUAUCUAGUCCAACUCCCCGCUCAAAGCAGGACCAACCCCAACUAAAUCAUCCCAGCCAGGGCUUUGUUAAGCCGGGCCUU